AUGUACAGAACAACAUUGCCCCUUCUUACCCUCCUCGUGUAUGUUACCCUUUAUUUCACUCAAGCACUGACCAGGCGGAGCAAUUUAUUUAUAACCCCAGUGUUUAACAAAGUAUAUUCGUACAGAACCAACUAUGGGUCGCCCAUCAGCGUGAACAGGUGGACAACAUGGAGGAUGACAACUGAAAGAACUCCCCGUAGGAACGUUAAUGUCAUAUAUAACAGGGUUAAGGAUAGCCACGUGGUAAAGGAAGGAAAAAGUGAUACCAUCGAAAUGAACGGAGUAGUGGACCAAUGUCUGGCCAACACCAAUUUUGUGGUUCGAAUUCCAAAUGGAGAAACCUUCCUGUGUUUCAUUUCGGGAAAAUUGAGAAUCAAUAAGGUGAAAAUUAAUCUGGGGGACAUGGUUAAAAUACAGAUACAUAAGUUGAACUUUGAGAAACGCAGAGGGAAAAUUGUGUUCAGGUAUUUGCAGCAUGCCGCACUGGGGGGUAAGAAGUGGUGA